AUGUCUCGUCUCGUGCUCGUGCUGGGUAACUUGCAGCACAUUUGGCAGCCGAGUUCUGCUUUGCCUUCCGCGCUCGUAAGAUCCACAGACAGCAUGGGAUCCAAUAUGCACCGUGAUUUUCGCCGGGGAUCCCAGGCUCGGGCUUGGCUCAGGCGGGGUGAUGGUCGUGACGGCGAGUACAAGCUACAAAGACGUAAUGCGAUGCCAGGAAAACACCUCUCAAGAUGCCUCGGUAUGGUGUCCGGCAUGGCGUGA